CAUACGACUUUACAAAUCAGCCGAGGCGGCUGUUGAGGCGACGCUUGUUGGUUCAAAACGAAUCAUUCUUAAUUUUGCCUUUUCCGACUUGACGCCGCGCAGAUUUUGCAAGAGAAUUUCAACUCCAUACAGCGAUCCUCAACAAUUUGAGAUCGUAGAUUAUCAAAAACCUUUGAUGGCUGAGAAACCGGACCCUUCGUCAAGGUCAUUGUCAGGAGUCGAUGAUGUGAAGGCCCCCAAUGUUUUCGAGAGAGCAAAGGAGGAGAUUGAGGCAAUUUUUCAUCACGAGAAAAACAAGCACCAUCAUCACAAGGAGACACAUGGAUUGCGUGAUGAUUUAGAUAACAACACUCCAAUGAGUGAUGUGAAGGCUCCAAAUGUAGUUCAGAGGGCCAAGGAGGAAAUGGAAGCCAUUAUGGAGGCAAUUCAUCAUCCCAGGAAGGAAUCCAAAUCUUCUAAUUCAUCGUCAGAUGGUGAAACAAGGAAUGGUGCCACUAAGGAUUGUUCAAAGUCUGAGAAGUCCGAGGGGCAUUCAGGGAAGAGUUCGGUGAAUAACAAUGAGAUAAAAUCAGUCAAACAAAAGCCACAUGACGAUCAUCACCUUCAUCAUCACAAAGAAACUCAUGGAAGGAGAGAAGACAUUGAUGAGAAUACGCCAAUCGGUGAAAUCAAAGGCCCCAGUGUUUUCGAGAGGGCUAAGGAAGAGAUUGAAGCUCUAAUAGAGACAGUCCAUCGCCGUGGCAAGGAUUGACAAAGAGAUAGUAUUCAUUUUUCUGAGAUCAUUCCUUAAAUAUUUUUUCUCACAUCAUUUAUUCACAUAUAACUUCUAACUGUAAGAAUACCAUGUACUAUGUUUCCCUAACCAUGGUGUCCCUAGAACCUCACAUUUGGUAAUGCACUACUCUUUACUGGAGCUAUUACAUCUAAUCUAUUCAGUUUUCUCUCA